GGCAAGAACUCCGUUUCGAAUUGGGAGAAGAAAAAAAGGGCCAUAGUGACUAUAAUUAACACCACCAGGGAGAACGAUGUCUCUGGUCGUCGAAUCAGCCCAGCGCUCGUUGGAAGAAGAUUCGUUCAUCAUACUCGGCACCUCGCCGACACCUUCGAUGGUAAACUUUUCCCUCGGUGGCCCGGUACCCUCGGAACAGCCCGCAUCGGUGGUGGAGCGCGAAAUUGCCGAAUCGGUGGUGGAGCGCGAAAUUGCCGAAUCGGCAAAAUCUUUGUCCGUGUCCAAGAUGGAAACAUCCACCCAGCUUGAUUCGACCACCUUCAGCCUGCUGACGAAUGGUGCAACAGUGCUGAACGGAUCAACGAUUGCGUCGCAGACGGCAAAGCUAUCGCUGCAUGAAUCAUCAUCAUCCCCGAAAGUGUCAAUGAUUGCGUCAACCGAAUCGAUGCACCUAGCAGAACCGCGCUCGGCAAAAGGCUCACUGAAUCGAAGCUUGCAAACAUCGAUCGGGAACAAGGAAAAUGUUCCGCGCGAUCAGUUACUGUCGUCGGGUAUCUACCCCCAACCACCGACCGCUUCCUUCAUACUGGGUGAAACACAGUCGAUACUGCAACAGUUUCCCAGCCUCGCCCAAUCGUCGGUAUCGUUCGAGGAGGUUCAGAUGCUGCAGAAGCUUAGCAUGGAGCACAGCCAGCUGAAGGAAAGUUUGCAGCGGGCAAAUGAGGCAAUGCGCAAGAACUUUGUUUCCAUUCAGCAUCUGCAGGACGAAACGAAGGCCCGCUACGCCGAACAGGAUGCUCGCAUAGCGGAACAGCAGAAGAAGAUUGAUGAGCUGGAUGCCGAAAAUGUACGACUUGUGGCUGAGUUGGAAGCUUCCCGUGCAGCUGCUACUGAGAAGGAAAAAGAGUGGAAGAGCACGAAUGUAGGGCUGAAAAUGGAAAUGGAAGAAGUUGGUCGUGUGCGUGAGGUAGAGCGCCAGGCGGCCCAAUCGGAGGUAGAUGAACUGCGCAAAGAAUCAUCAGAACGGCAGGCCAUCAUACAGAACCUGUCAAAGCACAUCGAACGGUUGGAGCUACAGAUCAAAGGCUUUGUGGUGGUGCAAAACAACAAACCAGAAAAUGGCGAUGGAAGUGCGAACUACGUUUCGGAGGAUACACACAAACGCGAACUGAAAGCAAUUGAGCGCCGUUUGUCGGUCGAGGUGGCCAAGAAUUUGGAGUUCGAAGAUAUGCGCAAUGUCUACGUUGAUGAAAUUAAUUGCCUCAAGGCGAACGUAAAAGCAGCGGAACAAAUCUAUGCAGCCGCCCUUGUUGAGAAGCAGCAACUGUUUGACGAUAUCAAGUCCCGGGACGACACCAUCAUGAAGCUGCGCGACGAACUUGCCACCCUCCAGGAGCGAGUACAGAUGCUGACGGUGCAGUCGGACAUUUUCCAGAAAGAUUUCGAAGCCGAACGUACCGCACGCGAAGAGUUGGCCGGCGAAAAGAGCCGUAUUCUGUCCGAAUUUGAAGUGGUGCAGCGCCGGAACAUGGAGUUAAUGGCGCAGCUAUCGCAAACGUGA